ACAUAGUCACUUUACCUACUUGGGAAAUUACUAAAAUGGUAAAACGUAUGAACAAUUUAUUUAGUGUAUUAGUAAAUUGACAAGGAAUAGUUAGUUACAGGUUGUAACAUUUGGUUACUUAAUUUUUAGGGUUCUGUACCAAAGGUAUUAAAGCCUCUUCUAGUAUUUUUACUCCCUAAGGUAUGGAGACGGUAUUGUAUAGACUUUUAGUGUGAGAAGCUGUUUUUUUGACGUUUAGAUAGAAUUGUUAACAGAUUGCGCUUUCAUCAUUUUGUUUAAACUUAAAGUUAUAUGUAUACACUAUAUUUUAUAAUACGCGUAUACGCGCGCCAGACAAAAAUCCAAAAAUUUUGAAACAUAAACCGUAAACGUAUUGUACCUAAAUUCAAAAAGCCGCAAAAGCGGCAAUGUUAUUGAUAUUUUAUAAGCUUUGAACUUGCAUAAAACAAUGCGGCAUCUUACCACAAAAAAGCUAAAUAGCUCAUUUUGCUGUUCAAAAUAGCAAGAAGUUAAACAACCCUGCGGUAUUAAUGGUGAUGGAAUCUACACUGUCGGACGUAUUAGGUUACACAGCCAACGCUGGCCGCCUGAAAAACGAUGCGCCCUCAAAACAUUCAGGAGAGGACAAGAAAAGUUCAAAUAACCCAAAUUAAGGAGCGCAAUAAAGAGACCCUUCAGAGAGCCUUGUGGGAGCAAUUCAUGAAAAUGCCAGUCGAACGUUCCAGUAAAGAUGUUCGAAGCAGCAUAAAGGGUUGAAUAAACAGGUAGGCUUCGUCGCGCCUUUCUUUUACUUUGCACUCGGAGACUUUUUGCAAGUUAAAGAGAACAUCCACAAUAAAGGUAUUACGGCUUUGUACUGCCACCAACCUCGGUUUAAUCGGUUUUCCUUCUCGUGCAAAUAAAGAAAACUGCUAUCCAUUUGCUGCGAGGAAAUAAAACAGUGGCUUUGUUGCGAUGUACAAAAAAAAAACACUAUUUCUAAUCUUAUUUUACUGUGGAAUAAGUUACAUAAGAGACAUAUAUUUUACUAGUUAGGAAGGUAAUUAUGUAAACUAAAAAAAAUAUGCAUUUAAAUAGACUGAUAUCGUGGAAAUGUAUAUUUUAAAUGGAAACUUGGUAUGUGGCUCUGAAUAAAAGUUGCCAUAAACUUUAGCCGUAAUAAAUAUCUGUCUAAAUCAUGUUCUCCUCUGAGACAGCCCAACUGGGACCAAUCUCAGUUAGAACGACCGAAAAAUAUAACGUACAUUUACAAAUACUUGGCCCCUAAAAAUAACGUAUUAGGGAGCGCCGAGUAUGACAUAAAUAGUGGCGGUGUGGAAGUCAGUCGACUAUAUAAAAAUGAGGUUGUGAGGGAUAUUACGGCGGCGGCAGGGCGCCGGCGCCGGGGCUCUCGCCCUUGCUCUCGCAGUUCGCAGGCAGACCCGUCGGCGCCCGCUGUGUCGCUGGCCGUCCGCUCCGUCUCGCGACACGACAACACUCGCCCGCGACGCUUCCCGCGAGCACUCGCCUCUCGCGCGACUCACGUCUAAGUUCCUUGCUCCGCUAGGUGAGCGCGAGCAUGACUGACAGCUUCCGAGCACCUAACGCGCCUACUUGAAGUGUCUGUGCCGGAGUGAAAACAACAUGUUCCAAACAAGUAGAACACAUGACAUCAGUGCUGUUGUGAACUACGAUUGUAUAUCUCCGCUAACUCAACCGAUCCUGGUUCUUAAUCCAGCAUAGACUCAGGAAAGCAUAAAACAAUGACUCUAACACCAAUAAAAUAUUUGCUUUUUGUAUUUUUAUCAUUUUGGCAAGUUAGCAAUCUAGCAUCGACAUGUCCAGGAAAAUGUACGUGCCAUAACAAUUUAACAUUAUCUCUAAAUUGCUCCUACAACGUAACGUUGAAAGAAAAUCAGAUUGCGCAUCACGUGUCGGUGUGUUGUGACGACGAAGAGCAAACAUGGAGGCAGAAGUUCGCAAACAAAACGCUAUCAGAAGUGAUGGUCCGUUAUUGCAGCGCGUGUGGCAGCGUCGACCUCGCCUCGCCGGCCCUCGACACCUACUCGCUAGCCAUCACAAAUAACAACCUUUCCAAAAUUGCAAUCAACGUUAACAACCGAAACUUACGACAUAUAGACUUAUCUGAUAAUAGACUGAAAUCCAUCACAAAAGGGCUAUUCAAUAAUUUUUCUUCUCUUCAAAAACUAAUUUUAAGUAGAAAUGAAAUAAUAAGCAUAUUUCCGGGAAGUUUUAAUGGACUUUCAAAACUAGAAUUGCUGGAUUUAUCAGAAAACAACCUUACUAUUUUAGCGAACGUUUUUACGCCGCUUAAAAACCUUCAACAUCUUAAUCUAAGUAGAAAUAACAUCGAGUUUAUCCAUGAGAACUACUUUAAUAAUUGGUUGUUGCAACACUUGGAUGUAUCGCAUAACAAUUUGAAGAAAAUGGAGCCUGGCGCGCUGCAGUUGUUGCCGAACCUUGCACGGCUGCUACUGACUGACAAUCCUCAUUUAGGAAUCACGCAACUAGAUCGGCAGCUGCUGGUGGGCACGGGGCGCCGGCUGCAGCAGAUAGAUGCGUCGCGUACCGGCCUCUACCAGGUGCCCGAGGCCUUCACCCACUCUGUACGCUUCCUGUCGCUCGUCGGCAACCAGAUCUCAUCCGUCAGAUGUGGCGAUCUCGACAGCUACCCGUUAUUGCAGUCUCUCGACUUCUCUGACAACAAAAUUGUUUCCGUCGAGGAUGAUUCUUUGGGUAGAUUGGAAAUGCUCUUAUUACUAAAUAUCAAUAAGAAUAUUUUAACAACCAUACCUAAAUCUCUACCUGAUGAGUUGAAAUAUUUAUCCGUUAAUAGUAAUGUUGUGAAGAACUUAUCCCGACACGACUUCAAAAACUUACCCAAUUUGCGAAUUUUGCUAUUAAAAAACAAUCAAAUACGGUACAUUGAAGACCAUGUUUUUGACGAUUUACUGUCUCUCGAAAUGUUGGAUUUGUCGAAUAAUCCGAUUCAAGUUCUAUCGUCGAAUACCUUUGACGGACCUCUGUCCCUUCGUGACUUAAGACUGUGCUACCUGAACGUGUCGGUGCCGGCGCAGGACGGCUCGUUCCCCGUUCCGUCCCCGGAGACCGUGCAGAUGCUGCACCUGCAGGCCAGCCCGGGCCUCGCGCGCCAGCUGCUCGCCGACUCCGCUGCGCUGGCUGCCUUCUCACAUCUGCAAUAUCUCGACUUAAGGAUGAACAAUCUAUCAGAAAUAAGAAACGACUUACUUUUCUAUCUCAGUCAGUUAAAAACCUUGAGAUUACACGGCAAUAGCCUUAAUUGUAGUGCCAAAAUGUGGCUAAAAGAUUGGAUGAAUUGGAACCAGUCCGCAUCAAACGGCGAAAGCUGUUAUUACUCUACUUCAGAAGCCAAAGAGGAUAUAAUCAAAUACAACUGCACUUUUCCAGAAACGUUCACCAUAAGCGAAAGCUUACCGCCGGUGAAUUUAUAUAGCACAGAAAUGAUAAAUAAAUUGUUGAGGUACUAUGGGUAUCUCAAUAAUAAAACAGAGAAAAGUUCCGACUAUGCAAAACGUGACAAGAUUAAACAUAACUCUGUUAGCUACGAUUACGAGUCGAAAUUAAACAGGACCAUUGCCAAAUAUACGAAAUAUGCUAAUAGUUCAAUCCCUGGUGAAAAGAAAGAUGCGCUAAAGAUGAAAAAUACGUUAAAGUUCCCAUAUUAUGACUACUUGAACGAAACUAUGGCCAUGAAAUCACGAGAGUCCUCAAAAAUAUUAGAGCAAAACAAACUUUUACACGAUCAAUUAAAUAUAGAUCAAAGGUUUUUAGAUACAGAACCUAAUUUAUCUCCAUCAUGGCGGGACUCGAAAAAAGGGAAUGAAGAUGACAUUCCAGAAAUUCGGCAAAAUAAUAAAUCUGGUAAGCGCUUGAAUACACCAGUGGAAGCUAAAAAACUUUUACAAAUGAACUUAGUAAAAAAUGAAUCUCACCCAGCGACCCUUUUAAAUGUAACUCAUAAUGAAAUAGGGCUCGCCGUCGCGGGCGGCAAUCAGACUGCGGAUGAGAACGAAAAAUCACAGUUUUCGCCGUAUCAGUCGCCUCACACAAACUACGCGCAAUACAUAGGCACAGUUGCCGUGUCCCUACUGAUAGUAAUGUCUUUGAUCCUUUGGAUCAGUUUUCGUCUGAGAUAUAGGAGAAGGCGGGUGCCAUUCGUAGAGGUGGAAACUGAGGACCAAAUAGAGGUGUCGAAUAUAUCCGGUGGAGUGCUGUGGUGACACCUGCGCGCAGCCGACCCCACGCCCUUCGAAUACGACUCGCUUCUGACGUAGCACCAGUUGCGGAGCGGUCGGCUGCACGCUGUACGGGAGCUGUUAUGUGAUAUAAUUGGACGUACAUAUUUUUCUAUGGAAUAAGUACAAAGUUGGAUGGGCAGCGAUGCUUAUACUUGUUUGUGUCUAAAGUGUAAAUAACCUUUGUUAACUAACUUAGGACAUAGAGAUACGUAUUUUUGUGUAAAGUCGUAGCAUUAUUGUGAUCAUUAAGGUUUGUUUGAGUAUAGGUAAGUGUACCUAUGACCUAUAUUUUUUAAGAAAUACGUAUUAUUAAUAAUAAAUGUUGCUAUAAAACAUUUACAUAGAGCAGAUCUCGUCUUCCUUGUUAACCCUUUCAUCGUAAUAAAUAACAUAAGCUAUCUUGUAAACGAUCUUACCGCGGUCAGCUGUGGCAGCAUGGUUGCAUUUUUAUUACUUGUCACUAUGCCUGUCACUUUCGCAGUUACCUACUUGUUAGAACGAGACAGGCGUGUGUGAUAGGUGAUAAACAUGCGACCAUGGUACAGCCGCAGGUCAUGUAGUGCCAAAACGUUUGAAAUCGUACAUUUAUGGUCCCUGUACUUAUACAAAAAUUGUUGUCGAGAUAUUUAUUUUAGCAAAAGUAAAUUAAGAAGAGUACUAGCAAUCUCGUAUGCCAAUGUAAAAUGUAAUUAAGCACGUUUUCGUUUUCCUGAUUUGUGCUUUAAUUAAUUGCGUACUCUUUGAUUAGGUAUAAAGUAACGCGCUUCGGCAAUCUUGGUCUCUCGCAAACAUUUGAGGUUACCUACGUCUCUUUCUUUGGCACAGAUAAUUUUAUAUGUGAGUAUAGUUAUAGUUAGACGAAGAUUGCGGAAGCUUAAAUCGUAGUCAUACAAUUAUGAGGCAACGGGAGUGGUCAUUUCUCCAUACAAACGUACUCGACUGUUUCCUCCGUGGUUCUUGAAGCUAGAGCAAUGAUUUUUUCAAAACAGAUUAUUAUUUUUAAUAUCUGUGUUAGACUGUUUUGCUUUUUUGAUAUUUUUGUUUCUUAAGGCGCUAGUGCACUUCGAAUAUUCGCAAAAACGGCCUAAUUUCCUAGGCCGCAAAGAGAAGCAUGGUUCAAUUAGCCUAAAAAGCAAAAAAGUCCGACUUAGGUAAUUUACCAUUUAAAUCUCAAAAUUCCGUUACAUUUGGUUAAGUUUUGGAGGAGGAAACAGUCGAGUACGAAACACCGUUUUUUGAGAUUUUCACGAAGGAUUUUCCGCCUAACCUGACGUUGUUCUUAUCGCACUAAUUUUAAAAGCCGCUUUGAUUUGCGAGACGGAUAUAUUCACCUAUUUUUUUUAAUCUCAGCUCCCGUAUCCUCUUAAGGCUAAUUUUUGUGUGCGACCUUCUAAAUACCCAAAAAAUCUAACCCAUGUACCUAUAUGUAUGUAGAGGGCGGUAAAACAUUUUACAGUACCUAUUAUGGUGCUACUUUACAUUACUCUAGUAGUGCUUUACAUGCCUAUGUCGAAAAUUUAAAGGGCCAUAUGUACUGUAAAACGUUGUACGACACACGAACCCAUUGUACUAAAACAGUGCGCGGUUUUUGUCGAUAUUUUCUAGUUACUCGUAUUUGUCAUUGGGUGCUGAAAAAUAUGUACGUAAUUUACGACCUGAGUACUCGACUGUACGUAAAUUUCUAAUCCUGGAAUCUAUGAUUUGUAAGUUUAUGUACGUUUUCCCAUUCUCAAAAUUCAUAUAUGUAUACAGGUCCACAUAUAAAAAUAUCCAUCGCUCCAUGAAAACCAGAUGUCAUUUUUAGAUGUUUACAUCACCUGACCUUUGCAUACUGUUAAAAGAAAAACCCAGAUUGUCAAAUUUCUCAUAAUUUGAUAUGAUAACUCUUAUUUGUAAGCUAUACCUAUUUAUUAAGAAAGUAUGAACACUUCAAUCUUCUUUGUGCUUGGUCCAAGAAUGAAUCAACACUUUUCAGUUUUCUUAGUGCUCUGUAUAUAUGCAAUGUUUUGCAGGGUACUGAGUUGACAAACAAAGAAAACAACAAUUUCUAACCACUAGUUCUAACUACAAAUAGUAAAACUAGAAGCAGAGUUUUCAUCCAUUAACACGGUUGAAAAAAAAAAACAAAAAAAAAACCGGCCAAGAGCAUGUCGGGCCACGCUCAGUGUAGGGUUCCGUAGUUACUCUUCCGUCACAAUAAGCUAAACUGGAGCUUAAAGUAUAGUAAAUUGUUAACCAAGGGAUGAAACGGUACCUUUCACCCGUGUUAAACAAAUAGGCUAAUUUGUAUAAUCAGUACCUAAUUAAAGUAAGUCUUUUUACUAUGAAGGGAAAACUUUUUGCGAUAACUCAAAAACAGCUAAACUGAUCAUGUCCGCAAUAGUUUUCAUUUAAUGUCUUUCUUAAGCUCUACUUCCACGAUUUUAUUCAUAUUUUUUGGACCUAUGGUUCAAAAGUUAGAGGGGGGGACACAUUUUUAUUUCUUUCGGAGCGAUUAUCUCCGAAUAUAUUCACUUUAUCAAAAAAUGUUUCCUGAAAACCCCUAUUACUUUUAAAAGACCUUUCCAACGAUACCCCACACUCUAGGGUUGAAGCGAAAAAAAAAAAUUCACCCCCACUUUACGUGUAGGGGAGGUACCCUAAAAAAAAUUAAAUUUCUAGAUUUUAUUGUACGACUUUGUCGGCUUUAUUGAUUUAUAUAUCCAUGCCAAAUUUCAGCUUUCUAGCACUAACAACCACGGAGCGAAGCCUCGGACGGACAGACAGACAGACAGACAGACAGACGGACAUGGCGAAACUAUAAGGGUUCCUAGUUGACUACGGAACCCUAAAAAUGAAAAACCUGAACGUAGUUUGAUGGUAAAAAGGCCCAAGAGCAUUGCCAUCAUUUCUUAUAGUUCCGAAAAUCCCCAGCAGCUGCAAAUGCAACAGUAUAUUUAAUUAUGAAUAAUUCACCUGUUAAAGUUUACAUUGCCAGAUUUCUGCAGCGUGUGUAAUAUUGGGUACUCGACUCUAAUUUACAUUUUUAUAUAGUUUAAUAGCUUUUACGGGAACAAUAGGAUGCGAGCAGUUGUGUCAGUGCCGUUUAACUAGAUUUAUCCUAACUUUUAUAUUCCCUAUUUUUUUAUGCAAUAUAAAAACUUAAUUAUUUUUAUCUGAUGUCAGAUAAAAAUAAGUAAUAUACAUAGGUACAGUCAAUAACCAUCAGAUUUCCAGUACUUACUUAAUCAAUAAAAAUGCCAUUUUACUGAAAGCUCUCGUUGGUAUGUUUAGUUAAGACAAAAUAUGAUGUAUUUUCUGCAGACAGUGCCAUAUUUCAUGUACGUUGUCUUACAUCUGACGACUUCAUUUAGCUUUUAUAUUAUGUGAGCGUAAAUAUGAAUAUUUCAAACUUAUUACGUUUUUCAAAUAUAGCUAUGAAUGGUAAUAUAACCCUUUUCUAUUUUUUCUAGGCAUGGUACGAGUUAUCGACCACCACACGCUAAUAGAAUUUCAAAUUUAGCAUUUAAAUUGCACUUUCGCGAAAUGAAUAAUCAAAGAUAUAUAUUUGGAUUUUUUGGGAAAACUUUCUACAUUUGUGCAGUACUUACCUAUAUAGAAAAGGGUUACAGUUUACCGUCUCGAUGAAAUAAUUACAACCACUGGAAAAUUUGACAGUGUUACAAACGAGGAUAAAAGUUUUAUUUAGCAUAACACAUAUGUAAAUGAUAUAUCUGAAGUAAAACUACUUUUAAAUAGCCUCACGAUGUUUGAUGUCAACAUGUCAUCUAUAUUAACAGAACGCAGACUUCUGGAUGAGACUAGCCCAGGACCGGGAUAAGCCGCGUACACGAAGAGAGGCCUAUGCUCAACAGUGGGCGACCGGAGGCUAUAAUGACGAUGAGUUAUAUAAAUACGUUCAGUUAAUAUGGAGAACAUAUACCUAAUACAGUAAUGAUAGGCGUUUUUAGUGAACUACAUUUAACGAUAUGUAAUCUGCAGUGCACUACAUGCAGCUACCAUCUUGGAUCUUCUUCUAAAUGAAUGCCCUAAUAAUUGAGAAAAUAAGGCGAUACAAAGUUGUUCUUCAUUAACAUGCAUUUUACAUAUUAAGAUGAAUUUAUUUCAGAAGUACUGAUUUAUUAAAAAUAUAGGAUUUGUUUUAGCAAUUGUUUUGUUAUGAAAUGUUUACUUCAAAGUUCCAAGCUCCGUGGUUUCAAAUAGCACUACCCAACACUACCAAGUAUCUUGAUCUCUGACAGUAACUAUUCCAAAUGCGAAAUCAUAAAAGUUGGCGAGAUCGCAAGGUGACUAAAAUGUGACUAACAUAAAUUAUGUCCCUACCUAGUUUGUUACUAUAUUUUCAUAAACGGGACUUAAUUAGUGAAUUACGAGUAUUUAAUUUAUGUAGAUAUACUUUUUGAACAUACUGACGUUCAAGAUCACAGAAAGACUGAUAAGCGCGCGUUUUAACAUCUUUGACACUAAGGGCCACUUGCACCAUCACCAGUGUUACCAGUACAAUUUGACACUGAGUUAGCGGUUUAACCAGUUACACCUGGAGUUACCAGUGUUACCAGUACAAUUUAACACUCAGUUAACGGUUUAACCGGUUAAACCUGGAGUUACCAGUGUUACCAGUACAAUUUGACACUAAGUUAACGGUUUAACCGGUUAAACCUGGAGUUACCAGUGUUACCAGUACAAUUUGACACUAAGUUAACGGUUUAACCGGUUAAACCUGGAGUUACCAGAAUUACCAGUACAAUUUGACACUGGGUUAACAGUUUAAUGUGAUGCACGCUGCCUCAGACAAAUGUGCAGGCAACCAUAUUAAAUGUAUGGAACCGAUUGCCACUCUGAUGCGUCAUGACACAACACAACAUGACAUGUCAGACAAAUGUGUAACCGGCUUACGCCUCCGGAUCAAGUGCGGAUAGUCCGAAGAACGCGCAGGUAGAAUAGCUACGUAACCGUUUUGUCAGUCAGUCUUUCUGCAACAAAGAACAAAGCAAAGUUUAAAACAUCAGUAUGAUUAAAUAAUUCUAAGUUUACGUGAUUAAGUCCCGUAUAGGUACAAAUUAGAACCCGGCGACGUGUAGAGACCGUAGACGACAACUACGUACAGACUUCGUGUGGCGGCCUGUCGUAAUAUGAUCAUGGACAUAUCGCUGUGUUAAUUUCGAAUCUGACUGCUUACCGCAGCGCCGUAUUUAGUUGGUUCCAAUUGUUUCGUGACGUCAGCGGCACCACUGGGGGCCUACGGCGAAAACAGAAAUUCGCCAAUUGCGGGGAUCUUACCAUUUCGACCAUAGCCCAGGACUAUAAUCGCAAAAAUCGAGGUUCAUCAAUUGCGGGCAUUUUUCUCUGUCACUCUAAUUACGUCUUAGUGAGAGUAAAAGAGAAAGAUCCCAAUUUGCGAAUUCUGAUUUUCGCGGUAGGCCGGUGGUCUGCGCUCGGGCUCGGCGACGUGUAGCUGACUUCGUCUCGUUGAUCGUGGUUUGCAGUCGCCUUACGUCGCCGGGUUCCAACUUGUACCUUAAUGCGUAGUCCCGUCACACCAUCGUUCAUAUAGACUAAAUUUAAUGCAAUAGUUCAUCAGCAUCACUUACCACUCUGGAACUAAGGUUGUAACUCUAUAUUUAAAGUUUGAAGGCAAUCAUGUGUAGAUAUAGAUACUUAUAUGUUUUUACGUAAAGUUGUAGUUUAUGAUGUACAAACAGAUAGCUAAAGAUUUACGAAAUAAAUAGAAUCGCAUUUAA